ACAAGUGCACACUUUGGAAGAAAGCAGAGAUUAAUUGGGAUGCAACUCGCUGUCGUCCUUCAAUAUCCAACCCCUUUAUAAAUGUGGGUUGUGUGAUAUCUGCUCCCCCCUCCUUAAACUGCUCCCAACCGGCCCUCUUCAUUCACUACUUMGUUUCCAUCCUUCCACUUCUCUACCACGUAGGACAGAACAUCUAAGGUUCAGAAGGUGACGACAUGAAAGCCUUUAUUGGAUUGGCUGUGUGUGUGGUGGCACUGCUGGCUGUUGUCUGCACUGCAGGGCCCCCGGUGUUAUCCGUCACMACUAUAUUGCAAGAACCAUACACUAUGACCCAAGGGUCUGAGCUGGAGGGGUACUGCAUUGAUCUGCUGGCGGAGAUCGCCAAAAAGUUGGACUUCAAGUACACCGUGCACCUGGUGAAGGAUGGAAAAUACGGGCAACAGGACGAGAGCGGAAACUGGUUGGGGAUGAUCGGGGAGGUGGUCCGAGGGCAUCUCCGUGGAGAAGGGAAGAGGAAGCUGAGGGAGUGUGCUCGGAGCCCAGGUCCCUCGUACCGUAUACCACCACCUGAUACCUCUCCGUCCAAUCCCCCAGCGUACCGUACACCACCACCUUAUACCUUCCGUCCAAUCCCCAGCGUACCGUAUACUGAUACCUUCUGUCCAAUCCCCCAGCGUACCGUACACCACCACCUGAUACCUUCUGUCCAAUCCCCCAGCGUACCGUAUACCCUUCUGUCCAGGCCAUCCACCCUGAUGUGGGUGGGCAUCCUCCUGGCCUUCCUGGUGACCGGCCUCUGCAUAUAUCUGGUGGCUAGGAUAAGCCCCUGUGAGUGGGCAGACCCCGAGACAGACGAACUCAGCUUCACUCUCCUGCACAGCUUCUGGUACAUCACUGGAGCCCUGACCCUGCAAGGUGCUGGCCCACACCCUAAAGGCCUGUCUGGUCGCGUUAUCAGCGCCAUCUGGUGGGUGUUCGCGGUGGUGCUCCUGGCCUGCUACUUCAGCAACUUUAACGCCAUGCUACGCUCGGAUUCCAAAUACGUCUCGGUGAAUAACUUCGAGGAGCUGGCCAAACAGGACGUCAUCGACUACGGAACAGUCGAAGGGGGAUCCACGUUCAACUUCUUCAAAAACUCCAACAACCCCACCUACCGACGCAUCUACCAGCAUAUGGAGAGGAAGAAAAGCUGCGUGGCUUCAGUGGAAGAGGGCAAUCGACGCACCCAGGAAGGCAACUACGCCUUUAUUGGAGAGGCAGCGUCUCUGGACCUGGCUGUGGCUCGCUACUGCAACCUGAUCCGCAGCAGCGAACUCAUCGCCAUGAGAGGGUACAGCAUUGCAGCACCCCUAGGCUUUCCCAUGAUGAAGAACAUAACAGUGGCCAUACUGCAACUGAGUGAAUCUGGGGAGUUGGCCUUCCUGCAGAGUAAGUGGUGGGCCAGCAGCUGCUUGCCAGAGGGGGGCCAAGCCCCACAUGCCCUCCAGCCCCACCUCCUGAGGGGCCUCUUCCUGCUCCUGGCCCUGGGGUUGGGCCUGGGACUCCUCAUGGCCCUCCUGGAGCUUGCCUCCAAGGCCCGCAGUCAAGCCAAGGACCAGAAGAAAUCCUGCUGCUCAGUGUUGUUGGCAGAACUGAGUCAGCGCUUUGGAUCGCGUGGGGCAAAAGCAGGCUCAGAGACRUCAGAGAAGAGCAAAGCGUAAAGGACGCGUUUCACUGGCUGCUUCCUAACAACACCAGAUGCAAAUAAGAUCGUGUAAAUCCGUUCCUGUCCUUGAGAGCAGCAGUAUCUUCCCUAUCAUAGUGUAUCUACAGCAAUAUGUUCUGUUUCAUAGCGUACCACACAGCUACCAACUUCCCCACCUGUAAGUACAAUGUUAGAAUAUAUUCUUAUUAGAGUAGAUUGCACUAUAGUUUCCACUCUGAAAAGGUAUUAUUAAGCCACUAAAGACAACAGACACAACAGCAUUUCCUGUCCUCAGACGACACGGUCCACUGCAGAUAUUAACUGACAGUGAUUCAAUAUGAAGUUGAUACAGGCUUUUCAAUUAACCUCCAGAUGAAUGUGUAAAGCGUAUGUUAUUGUAGGCCUAUUUGUUGUUGUUGAUAUGAACAGUUUUUUUUGUGUGUGUACUGCCAAAAUAUGUUGUACUAAAUCACAUCCGAUUGGCUUUUAAGUUGUUUCAUUAACUGUUCUGUGUAAUGUUUAACUGUCUACCAAAUAAAUCCCUAGACAUGAUUUUAAGAUGUU